UUGUAGAAGGCACAAGCAAUCAGCCUCACUCGGUGGCGCAACGUGUUACAGCAAAUCACAAUGUACCGUCUCACGAUCUUCUUUGUCGUCGCUGUGGCGUACGGAGUACUUGGAGAUGGCCAUGGAUUGGGCGGUGGAGCAAUAAUCGGUGGCGGUCUGGCACCGGCUGGUUUCAUCGCCGGUCCCGCCGUAGUGGCGGCGCCUGCCGCUGCCGUAGUGGCCGCUCCUGCCACGGCCGUGGUUGGCGGAGCUGGGAUUGGCAGCGGCGUGGCUCUGAACAACGCGGCCGCCGCGGGUGCAGCGCAGCUCAGUGCAUUGCAGAACGCCCAGGCCGUCCAAGCCGCGCAGAUUGCUAACGCCGCAGCUGCCGGCAUCCAGGCCGCCCGCGCCGCCGAGGCCGAAGCUCGCGCCCGUCAGGCCAACGCUAUCCAGAAUGCCCAAGCUUUGGACGCGGCCCGCGUCGCUAGCCUGCAGCGCGCCCAAGCGGCCGCCCUUGAAAGCGCUAGAGCUAACGAAGCAGCCAGAAGAGCUGCGGCCGCGAGUGCCCUGGAGUUAGCCCGCGCUGCGGAGGCGGACCGUGUCGCGAACACAGCACGUGUGCAAGCCAUCGCGUACGCUAACACUAGGGCGGUGGAAGCCUCUCGUAUCGCCAACGCUGCACGUGCUCAGUCUGCUGCGGUUGCCACGAGCGCGGCACAGGCGCAGGCGGUGGCUGACGCUGUAGCUAGGAAUGCUCAGGACGGCGUGGUCCUGGGCGGAGGCGGCGGUGCGGCUGUGGUAGGUGUAGCACCGGCCGCCGCCGGUAUCGUGGUGGAGUCUGCAGGGCUGGGCGGCUACGCCAGCGGUUGGGGUCACGGCAGUGCCGGCUGGGGUCACGGCGGCGCCGGCUGGGGCCACGGUGGGGCACUGCUGGUGGGCAAGCACUAGAUGGACGUAGGUCCGUACUUAAUGAUAGAAAAAGCAUAAGAUUUCUACAUCCAUUUCUUCGCUUCUUGUAGAAAUGGUUAGCGGACAAAAUAAGACUGGUUUGUAAAUAUUUUUUAUCUUUUAAAUACAUUAAUAAAGACAACUUUUGUUUUUAAUUUUGAAGAAAUUGAGAAAUUUGCAAAGUUAUAUAUAAAUUUAUAUUCAGGUCCCUGUUAUCUAAGGAAAUAAGAUUCUUCCCCGAUCCUAAUAUAAUUAAGUCAAGAUAUCUAUAGGAAAUAAAGGAAUGCCUAUAUACGAGUACCUACCUACACAAAUUACUUGGCAAAAGGGGAAUAGACAGCGUGGGAAUAAUAUUAGAGAGUUCUAACCUUCGAGCAAAUGUUAUUGUUAUUGUUGUUCGAAGGUUCCAACUUAGUAAAGAAAAGAUGUAUUGAAUUGCAAGCAAUGUAUUCAUUAAUUAAGCGGUACAUAAAUUCAUAAAAAAUUCGCGUCCAUUGUGAAAUUGCCGAAGUCACUUGUAAUACUCGUAUUUAAUUCUUUUGUUCGUUAUGGCCCAUCAUGGCCGGCUGGGGUUUGUUGUCUAGUGGCUUUGGUGGAGCAGAUACUUUGGGAAGGUCAUGGGGUUUGGGCAUCUCGGAGUCGGGCAUCUUCUGAUGCUUCGCGCCCUCCUCGUGGCCUUGCUCGUGCCCAUCGUUGGGCAUCGCGGCAGCCAGCACAAAGAGGCACAUUACAAU